AUGCGGUGCGCUUCGUUGCAGCCGUUCACCGAAAAGGUACUCGCCCAUGAGGUGAAGCGGCAAUGCGUUGGCCAGGCCAUGGGCGAUUUUUCAAAGCUACCGCAUAAAGUACAGCAAUUCAUUGCCGAGAAAACGGCUUUGAUGAAACCAGCUAGUAUUUACAUUUGUGACGGUGGUCUUGCAGAAGGCGAAGAACUCAUAAGUGAUAUGAUCGAGCGGGGUAUGCUGGCCCCGCUCGAAAACAUGACUAACUGUUACGCGUGCCGAACUGACCCACGGGAUGUCGCUAGGGUUGAAAGCAAAACUUGGAUGUCGACACCGGAUAAGUACGAUACAGUGACUCACACUCCGGAAGGGAUCACGCCGAUUAUGGGUAACUGGAUGAGUCCAGAGAAGCUUGGCCAAGAGCUUGAUGACCGUUUUCCUGCCUGCAUGACAGGCCGAACAAUGUACGUUAUUCCGUUCAGCAUGGGGCCGAUUGGCAGCAGGUUGUCGAAGAUCGGUAUUGAGUUGACGGACAGCAUUUACGUUGUGCUCUGCAUGCGUUUGAUGACACGUGUGUCCCCAAAAAUUUUUGAGGUAUUGGGCGACAACGACUUCGUGCGUUGCAUCCACUCUCUUGGUGUACCACGUCCGGUGAAAAGAAAAAUCGUCAAUCAGUGGAUCUGUAAUCCAGAAAAGACCAUUAUAGCGCAUCGUCCGGCACAGCGAGAAAUCUGGUCUUUCGGCUCUGGAUAUGGUGGCAAUAGCAUGUUGGGCAAAAAAUGCUUUGCUUUGCGAAUCGCUUCAAACAUCGCCAGAGAUGAGGGUUGGAUGGCUGAACAUAUGUUGAUAACCAGUUUCACGAAUCCUCAAGGAAAAGAACGGUUUAUUGCCGCUGCUUUUCCAUCUGCAUGUGGCAAGACCAACAUGGCAAUGCUGCAUCCGUCUCUAAAAGGAUGGAAGGUGAAGUGCAUAGGUGAUGACAUUGCUUGGAUGCGUUUCCGCGAAGAUGGACAGCUUGUUGGUAUUAAUCCGGAAGCUGGUUUCUUCGGUGUUGCUCCAGGAACAUCACACAAAACGAACCCUACAGCCAUGGAUACGUGUAUGAAGAAUUCGAUUUUCACGAACGUGGCAACGACAGCUGAUGGAGGCGUAUUUUGGGAGGGUCUAGAAGACGAGUUGCCGGAUAAAAAUGUGCAAAUGAGGAACUGGUUGAACGAGCCGUGGAAAAUUGGAAUGCCCGGGAAGGCGGCACAUCCGAAUUCUCGAUUUACGACUCCGGCUAAUCAAUGUCCGAUCAUGCAUCCAAAAUGGGAAGACACUGCUGGAGUGCCUAUCGAUGCGAUCAUUUUCGGUGGUCGACGACCGGAGGGUGUGCCACUGGUAUUUGAAACUUUCAACUGGAUACACGGCAUUUUCACCGGUGCUUGCUUAAAAUCCGAAGCAACCGCUGCUGCGGAGCAUGCUGCUGUUAACAAGCAAGGAAAGUACUUGUGGCCCGGCUACGGUGAUAAUAUUCGAGUUGUUGAUUGGAUUCUGCGUCGUUUGGAUAACGAAGAUGUAGCAGUGGAAUCUCCGAUUGGUUUACUGCCAAAGAAAGGUAGUAUAAACUUAGAAGGAUUGAAUUUCGUGGACUGGGAUGAGUUGUUCUCACUACCAAAGUCAUAUUGGGAGGAAGAUGCUAAAGAAGUAAGAAAGUUUUUCGACGAACAAAUCGGUCCGGACUGUCCCGCUGAAAUUCGUGCUGAACUGGAUGCACAGGAACAGCGCAUAAAAGCAAUGCAUUAA